AUGGGCGGCGCGGCGGCGGGUACCAAGUGGAUCCACCACAUCCAGCGCCUCACCACAUCCAGCGCCUCAUCGCAGGCGGUGGAACGGGGCCAGAGCCGCGUCAUCGACGCCUCCCUCACCCUCAUCCGCGAGCGCGCAAAGCUCAAGGCAGAGUUGCUGCGUGCUCUGGGUGGCGUGAAAGCUUCAGCGUCGCUCUUAGGAGUCCCUCUUGGUCACAACUCGUCCUUUUUGCAAGGCCCUGCAUUUGCUCCUCCACGCAUAAGGGAGGCCAUUUGGUGUGGAAGCACAAAUUCUAGCACAGAGGAAGGCAAAGAAUUGAAUGAUCCUCGGGUGCUAACUGAUGUUGGAGAUGUCCCCAUUCAAGAGAUCCGUGACUGUGGCGUCAAAGAUGACAGAUUGAUGCAUGUAAUUAGUGAGUCUGUCAAAACAGUGAUGGAGGAGGAGCCUCUUCGACCGUUGGUGUUAGGAGGCGAUCACUCGAUUUCUUAUCCAGUGGUUAGAGCUGUGUCCGAAAAGCUUGGAGGACCUGUUGACAUACUUCAUCUUGAUGCACAUCCAGAUAUCUAUGAUUGUUUUGAAGGGAACACUUAUUCACAUGCCUCUUCAUUUGCCAGAAUAAUGGAAGGUGGUUAUGCCAGGAGACUGCUACAGGUUGGAUUGAGAUCAAUUACCAAAGAAGGACGUGAGCAAGGGAAGAGAUUUGGUGUGGAACAGUAUGAGAUGCGAACCUUCUCAAAGGACCGAGAGAAGCUUGAGAAUCUGAAACUUGGGGAAGGUGUAAAGGGAGUGUAUGUCUCAGUUGAUGUGGACUGCCUUGACCCAGCAUUUGCUCCCGGUGUCUCUCACAUUGAACCAGGAGGUCUCUCGUUCCGUGAUGUGCUCAACAUCCUCCAGAAUUUGCAGGGUGAUGUUGUCGCUGCUGAUGUGGUGGAGUUCAACCCACAGCGCGACACGGUGGAUGGGAUGACAGCCAUGGUCGCCGCGAAACUGGUCCGGGAGCUCACUGCUAAGAUCUCCAAGUGA